AUGACUACACCUGCACCAGCUUUUAAAAUAGGAAUCGUUAAACAGGUUUUAUCUGGUGACACGGUUGUCAUAAGAAAACAGCCACAAGGGGGACCUCCACCAGAAAAAGUUAUUUCACUCUCUGGCGUGACGGCACCGAAGUUAGCUCGACAAAGAACACCUAACAAUGAUAGUGAAACCCCUGAUGAACCAUUUGCUUGGGAAGCCAGAGAGUAUUUAAGAAAGAGGUUGGUUGGAAAAGAAGUUAUUUUCACUUCUGAAAAGCCUCCCAACUCUGUUAGCCGUGAAUAUGGGACUAUAUGGGCAGGUAAAGACCGUACUAAAGAUGAGAAUGUGGUGGAAGGCCUUCUUGCUCAAGGUUUUGUUAAAAUCAGAGAUGGUGCCAGAAAUAUACCACAAUUGAAAAAGCUUGUUGAGCUUGAAGAUCAAGCAAAGGCACAGGGAAAGGGUUUAUGGGGAACAGAUGUGCAGAAUCAUGUGCGUGACAUAAAAUGGACAGUUGAGAAUCCAAAGGCAUUUGUGAACAAAUUAAAUGGGCAGCCAUUGAAAGCUAUUAUUGAAUAUGUCCGUGAUGGAUCAACAGUACGACUUUGCUUGUUGCCUGACUAUGUCCCCAUAACCAUGAUGUUAUCUGGUAUCAGAUGUCCAACAAUUAAACAAGAUGGAGAAGCAGAGCCCUUCGCACAGGAAGCAAAAUUCUUCCUUGAAUCUAAUCUUCUGCAGAGAGAUAUUGAAGUUAUAUUAGAAUCCGUUAACAAUAACAAUUUUGUGGGAACUAUUGUUCAUCCCCAAGGAAACAUUGCUGAAGCUCUAUUGAGCCAAGGAUUUGCUAGAUGUGUUGCCUGGUCUCUAGCCGUUAUGAAGUCAGGUGCAUCAAAUCUGCGAGCUGCCGAACGUACAGCAAAGGAGGCUAAACUCAGAGUCUGGACGAAUUACGUUAGUAAUGCCCCUGUUAUUCCUGCAAAGGAGAAAGAAUUUAGUGGAACAGUCUUGGAAGUCAUCAAUGGUGACGCAAUGGUUGUAAAAACUGGCAACAACACACAAAAGAAAGUUUUCCUAUCAAGUAUAAGAUCACCACGAGAAAAGAACUCAAAUGAUGAAGAAGGCAAACAAUCACCUAGGCCAAAAGGUUUUAAACCUGUGUAUGAUAUACCAUGGAUGUAUGAGGCUCGUGAAUAUCUGAGGAAAAAAUUAGUUGGAAAGAAAGUUAAUGUCACUGUUGAUUACAUUCAGCCAGCAAAAGAUAAUUUCCCUGAGAAAAUUUGUUGCACUGUAGUAGCUGGUGGAACAAAUGUUGCCGAAGCACUUGUCAACAAAGGUCUUGCUACUGUUGUUAGCUACAGAAAUGAUAAUGACCAGAGAAGUUCUCAUUAUGACAAAUUACUUGAAGCUGAACUUAAAGCUACAAAAUUAGGAAUUGGUGUUCAUGCUAAGAAAGACAUUCCCACCCACAGGAUUCAAGAUACUAGUGGAGAUGCUGCAAAAGCCAAGAAGUUCUUCCCAUUUCUAAAAAGGGCCCAAAAAACUGAUGCAGUAGUAGAAUUUGUAGCGAGCGGAUCAAGAAUGAGAAUUUAUAUCCCAAAAGAAUCUGUCAUAGUGACACUUCUAUUGGCUGGUAUUAACUGUCCUAGGGCAGCAAGGCCAGCUGUCGGCUGCCCAGGUAUGCAGGCACCUGAACCAUUUGGAGAGGAAGCUCUCCAAUUCACUAAAGAGAAAUGUCUCCAACGUGAUGUCAAGGUUACAAUUGAAGAAAUGGACAAAGCGGGCAAUUUCAUUGGAUGGUUGUGGUUGGAGAAUGAAAACCUUUCCGUUUGUCUUGUUGAACAAGGGCUUGCCUCCAUGCACCAUACUGCAGAAGCAUCAGAGUUUGGUAGAAGCAUUAAGAGUGCCGAAGAGAACGCGCGUAACAAACGUUUAGGUAUUUGGAAUGAUUACGUUGAAGUAGAGCGAGUAGAGAAAGUUACUAAUUCCCGAGUCAUAGAACGUGUUGUUAAAUACGACAAAGUAAUUAUAACUGAAAUUACCCAAGAUGGAACUUUUUACGCUCAAAACAUAGAUCUGGGCUCGAAAUUAGAGGCAUUGAUGGAGGUCAUUCGUCAGGAAUUCAAGAAUAACGCCCCAUUACCAGGUAGUUUUGUGCCUAAACGAGGAAAUAUAUGUGCAGCUCGCUUCUCCAUGGAUGAGCAGUGGUACAGAGCUAAGGUCGAAAAAAUUGUUGAAGAUAAAAAAGUUCACAUUCUAUACAUUGAUUAUGGUAAUAGAGAGAUUGUGAAUUACUCACGUUUGGCUCAACUACCCGCUGGUACCGAAUCUGAUCAGCCCUAUGCUACAGAAUAUGCUUUGCUAGGAAUAAAGUUCCCUGUUGACCCUGAAGACAGGCUAGAAGCAGUUCGCGCUCUUUCAUCAGACACUCUUAACAAGAAACUACUGGUCAAUGUUGAGAUCAGGGGCAAUCCAUCCUCUGUUACUUUAGUAGAUCCUGCUACUAAUGCUGAUCUGGGAAAGAACCUCAUCAAAGAUGGUCUUGUAUUAACGGAGAAACUCCGUGAGCCGCGCCUCUCUUCUCUCAUGGCGGACUACCGCAGUGCGCAAGAGCAAGCGAAGGCAUCGCGGCUGAAUCUAUGGCGGCACGGCGAUAUCAGUGAAGACGACGCGCUCGAGUUCGGCGCUCGCCGCUAG